ACAAAUGGGCAGGUGCUUUUAUUGUGGAGGCAGUCAAGCGUUGUGUUUGUUUAACACUGACACGUCUUUUCAAACCGAACCUUUUCGUCUUUUCCAGGCAAACGUGCAGGAAAAAAAUAGAACGAAAGCCAAGAAAGUUUGAAUGAAUUUUGGCUUUUACCGCCAAUGUUGAGACAGUUUCUAUCUGGCAACCUUUGCUCGGGCUGGACGCCACGCCGGGGGAAAAGCAGCUGAGUUAUUCCACACAUCGUCGUGUCAUUCACGCUGCUGGACUUUGCACUCCUUGGCUUUACGAGUUGGUCUUAAGAGUGUCUUUGUAGUCACAAUGGGACUUGAAUUUGUGCUGCCGUUGUAAAUAUUCCACAAGGAGCCUCAGUCCAACACAAAAGUGCGAGGAUGUACAGGAGCGACAGUCCGUUGGGCAACGACACCAGCAGUUACUCGGGAUCCAUCCAGUCCAGUGGCUACUCGGCCACGGAUGAGGCGUCAUCGCAGGUGUCGUGUAUGUCGAGGCCCAGUGCAAAGUCAAUAUACUUGCAAAGGAAGGCGUACGCCGCCUCCAUGAACAAGACCAUCAACUAUUUCCAUUACAGAGUGGAGCAUCUACUCACGUGUGAGCUGGACGGCACGGAGCUGCGAGGCCUCCCGGACUGCGUGGAGAGGCUCAAUCUGCUGGACCGGAUGGGGCGAGUGUGGGGUCAGAACAUGCUGCUGGAGGUCAACGGGCCCCACCUGCUGCUCACCGACACAGAGAGCAAGGAGGUGUUGGAGUCCAUCAAUCUGUGUGACGCGGUGGAGCUGAAGGCCAUAUUGGACACGUCAGCGUCCAACUCGCUGCUGGCACUGACGGUCAAAGCCAGCAGGAAGCAAGCCGCCAGCGUCUUCCUGUUCCACUGUGAGGACGUCAGGGCUGACUACGUCCAAAAGGGUCUCUCCCAAGCACGCUUAAGCGCAUCACACGAAGCAGCGGACAGACGAAGCCACGUUAAAGCAGAAGAAAAAGCCCCUCAGUGGGCCCCGCCCGAUUAUAACGAUGAUGGCGUGUCUGACACUGACCUGGUUACACCUCAUGAGGAUGUCGAGGAGGUGCAUCCUCCACGCCUGUACACAGAGUUAGACAGGAACGUGGACAUCUUGAAUCACAUAGUAAACGACAUUGAGAUCUUCAUGGGGAAAGUGGCUGCCAUAGCAACCAAAAAUGCAAAGAAAAAAAAUAAGAAAAUGAAAAAAGGAAAAGCUGGUAUGCCCCCUGCUGGAGAGUUUGCGGCAUGUCUCCACAAGAUCAAAUGUGGCUUCAACCUUCUGGUGGAGCUCAAGGGAAAGAUCCAGAAUCCGGAUGUCUCGGAAUUUGUCCACUCCCUGUUCUCCGUGUUAAGUUUUCUUGCGUCUCACUGCUCCAAGGAGCUGCCUCCAAGCAUCGUGGCUCCUCUGCUGACUCCUCAGUGCAUCUGCCUCAUGAGCGAGGAGGCCACUGCAGAGGAGGACCAGCUCUGGCAGUCUCUGGGGGACGCCUGGAACAUCCCCAGCACCAAAUGGCCCGAGGAUGACGAGGACAUCCCAACGUACACGCUGGAGUUCUCUGACGGCUGGCAGCCUCCCGAGCUGCGGGAGGAACCCGCGCCGACCCCUGCUCCGCCUGUAGCGAGGGCCCAGGAGGCUCGUCGGCCCCCGUCCGGCCAGACAACCACCAAGAAGACGGCAGCGCCUCCUGCAGCGUUGGCCACACACGCUGCAAGGACACAUGCAAGGCCGCGUGAGAAGAAGCUGCGUCGCGUGCGAGUCCUGCACGACUUCAGUGCCAGAAACCACAGAGAGCUGACCAUCAGAAAAGGCGAAGUCGUGGAGCUGCUGGAUGUGACCAAGAUGUGGUGGAAGGUGAGGAACAGCGGAGGAGAGGAAGGCUUCGUCCCCAGCAACGUCCUCACGGCAGAUGAAGAACAAGCGGAUGACACGGUGACUCUCAUUCCUGCACCACCUGACCUCAAAGCCCGACCUCAGCUCCGUAGUCCCCUUGAGGGCUGCAUCUCCUGGCCGAGACGUAACCCUCUCUCGCUUCCUUUCCAGCCGACCGGGAGCUCUCCUGUCUUGAGCAAGAAGUCCAAACCAGCGGAGGUGAAAGCCUGGCUUGAACAUGUGGGCUUCACUAAGAUCACGGUGCGCUGUCUAGGCGUGCUGAGCGGCUCCAUGCUCCUGAGCAUGACCCGGGAGGAACUGAAGACGGUGUGUCCAGAAGAAGGGGGGAGGGUCUUUUUCCGGUUACAGGCCGUCAGGUCCUCCAUCUUGGCUGAUGCAGACUGAGCAACGUUACCGAGAGAGACCAUCAGAAGAUGCUCACGUUGCAUGUGCAACGUUUGACACAUCUCACAAAUUACUCGCUAUGUUUAUUAUUGUGGUUGUAGUUUGCAGCGGUGUGCCUCUGAUAAACUAUUUGUC